GAUGGCCACCCGGCAGACCUGUCCGUUCCUCUGAAUCGCAUCACAUCCAUCCACAUCCGACAGGCAGCCUCCGAGGCGCCCACCACCCCGGACCCAGCCGCCUCCUUUGUCCCCCUGCAUGAGUUGGUCCUCCUGGCAGCCGGCCCCGGCCCUGGCCUGCCGACCUUCCAAAUCAUCGGCGACCUGCGCGCCCGGGUGGACACCCUGCGCCUGGUGUACCCCGACUAUCAAGUGGGCACCUUCGAGGAUAACAUCAUCUGCCCGGCAAGCAGCCCUCUGGAGGUGGACCAAUCCACGGUCAUCGUGGAUCCGGUCCUCUCUUCGCACAUCUUCCUGGCCCUGCUGUUUGAAUUCCUCAAGGAGGGCACCCCCCGGUCGCCCAGCACCUGCCCGCUGACGGAGCACGACUUCCCGGCCCUGUCCCUCCCGACCGCCCCCAAUGGCAGCCCCUCCCGCAGCAAGCGCCCCGACUUCCCCCUCAUGUACCAGGGUCGGCCCUCGCUGAGCCAGCUGCUGGACCAGCACCAGCGACGCCUCCAUGCACGGAAUAUCCCCGCCUCGCCGAAGGCCCUCUUCAAGAAGUUCUCCGACAUGGCCGCCCACGCCAAGGAGAAUCUCGACUACAUGGACAUCCAUUACACCAUUAACUCGCUGUCGGAACGGGCAAACCACCGGCGUCGGGACUUCCUGGCCGGACUCCACUCCAGCCACUCGGGGGCCCCGAUGCCGGCCGGGCCCCAGCAGCCGGGCUACAUCAUCCCCCCGGGGGACCUCGAUGACCAGUGGAUUGUGAUGGACGAGACACCCGAGAUGGCGAGCGUGGCCGGGCCCGGGACCGCCUCGGUCCCCAGCAGCCUGACCGCCCACCACCAGGUGCCCUUCCACCCAGAUGACUAUCCCUUCGGCUUCCAGGAGGCCGUGCCCGAUGUCCAGCCCUCGUUGCUCGGAGACCUGAUCCGCCAGAUGGAGGGGCACACUCAGGGCAGACCCUCGCGCUUGCAUGCACAGCCCCACCGGUCGCUCAAGCGGGAGGCCAUUGAACGGGCCAUCGCCGGCGGUCCGGUCACCUCCCUGGAAAAGAACCACCUUCUGCGGACCAUCUACUACUGGGGCUGUGAUGAGGAUGCCCGGCGCCUGGCCUGGCCUUUCCUCCUUGGCCUGGACCAGUGGUCCGACACAGUGGAGGCCCGUCGCGACACUUGGGCCGCCCGGCUAGACGAGUACAUCCGAAUCCGCGAGCGUGUGGUUCAGUUCCUGCGUCUCACGCCCGAGGAACAGCGGGACGCCGACCCGGUGGCCUCGGAGUCCUGGUGCCAGAUCCUCAAGGACAUCGAGCGCACCGAUCGCAACCAAACCUACUUCCGGGACCUGAGCCAGGCCGGCAGACUGGGUCGCAUCCUGCUGGCAUAUAUCCUCCACCGUCCGGAUGUUGGGUACACCCAGGGGAUGAAUGACUGGCUGUCCCCCCUGCUGGUGAUCUCCACCAGCAGCACGGCCGGGCCGUUGGCUGGUGCCGUGCAGCCGGAGGUCACCCCAUCGGUGCCCCUGGAGUACCGGAACCUCGAAGGGCCCGGGGAGGGCCUCGGCACAAAUGGCGACGAUGCCAACAUCCCGGAGGAUGUCCUCCUCGAUGCCGAAACCUUCUGGCUCUUCCAUGCCAUCAUGGAGAAGAUUAAGGACAACUUCAGCCCCGAUGGACGCUCGAUCACCGCCCAGCUGGCCUGCCUUGUGAACAUUCUCGGCCAGGUGGACGAACCGCUGAUGGAGCAUCUCACCCGUGUGGAUGUUGACUGGGUGCUUUUCUGCUACCGGUGGGUGCUGGUGUGUCUGAAGCGAGAGCUCCCCUGGGCGGACUUCCUUCGGGUCUGGGAGUCUUCCUGGACCAACUACGACGGGCCAAACUUCUUCCUACUCAUCGCGGUGGCCUAUCUCGGCACCUUCCGCGAGGAAAUUCUCAGUCAGGAUCUCGAUGCCAGCGGCGUUCUCAAGGCGUUCAAUGAUCGCGCCGUGCGGCUGACCGUCGGCACUCCCUCUCCCCGGGAAGUGCAAGCCGCCGAGCGGCUGGUCCCCCAGGCGCAACUCCUCCGGCAGCUGAUCGCCCACCGGUUGCCGGAGCUCCAUCGGACUCUUGAUCGGGAUGUGCUGGCGACCAUCGGCGAAAAGACCCCCGCCGACCCUGUGCACCCUCUCCACACACUGACAGCCACCAGGCCAGACGAGGGGGCCGCCUCCCGCGGCACCGCGCUGGUGGAUCCCCCAGGGUCGGAGGCCGCCGAGGAGGAGUCGCAGAGCUCGCCGGCAGUCGAUCCCGUCGUCCCGCGGCCGCCCUCGCCCAUGAUGGGGUUCUGUGACUGACCGACACGAUGUAUGCCCCACACACAGUGUACCGCUUUUGGGUUGGGUCAAUAAAAAGAAAAUGCACUG